CCUCCAAGGCGGAUGGGCAGAACAACGAAGAUAGUGCUAAGAAACCAAACUAUGUGUGUUCCUCUUGUCAGCUUCAACUGGAAACAAAAGACACUUACAAAAUACACAUGCAGUGCCACAAACCUGGCGGUGGCUUCAAGUGCGUCUAUUGUGGCUGUCUCAUGACUGAAUGGAGCCAUAUGGACAACCACAUAAAAGGCCACCAUCUAGUAAGAAAGAGCUAUCAGUGUCAGGUGUGUGAGAGAAGGUUCCUGACGCAGAGUGCAUGGAAAAACCACAUUAAAGGACAUGACAAGAAGAGCGAAGUGUUCCUGUGCACCAAAUGCCCUUUAUCAUUUAACAGUGACAGUCUCAGAAACCUUCACGUGGCGUGCCAUCAUGACGACGUCUUCAAGUGUUGCCAUUGUGGGCUAGUGGAGCCUGAAUGGAAUAAGGUUUAUGAACAUUUGGGAAAUCAUGAUGAUACACUGAAGCCCUUCAUGUGUACCACGUGCAAGCAAAGAUUCUUUAAAGAAGUGCAGUUGAAGGCCCACUCAUCAAAGCACAGAAAACACAGACUUAUUCUGUGUCCCGUAUGCGAUCAAAGAUUCAAGAGCAUCCGUCAAAUGAACAGGCACAAUAAACAGUUUCAUCACAAACAAAAUAAUGGAGAUUGUAACAAUGGGAAGGUGAAAGCAGGAAACCACAACAACACUUUUGUAGCAGAAAACUCAAUGAAUGCACAAAUUGUCCCCCAACAAGAAUUCGCCUGUGACAUCUGCAGAAGGAAGUGUUCAUCUAAAUUGGCUCUGCAGAGACACAUGGGAGUGCACGCUGGAGAAAAACCAUUUCACUGCCAACACUGCGAAUAUAAAACAAGGCUGAAAGGUUCCCUGACGCAGCACAUGAGAAUCCACACGGGUGAGAAGCCUUUUAAAUGCGAGUUAUGUGCUUAUGCCUCAAUUGAUUGCAGUUCUCUACGUAGACACAUCAGGACUCACACGCACGAGAAGCCUUACAAGUGCCCACACUGUUCUUAUAGCUGUAUUCAGAAGAAAAGUCUUGACCUACACAUACGUCGCCACCACACCAGGGAGAAGUUCAAGUGUAGCUUUUGCCAGUAUUCUUCUCCGGACAAGCAGUUAAUUCAUAAGCAUACAAAGAAGCACCAUGUCGAUGAAAAUUCACUGCUUCCAGGCUCAGCUCCCUAGCAGAUGACAUAUGGCCAGCAAAUGAUUAUUACAUGAACUUACUUGAACUACAUAUUAUAGUCAACAGGGUCAUAAAUGUAUCCUCUGGAUUGAACCGGUACUAUAUCAUGAGGUCUGCCUGUCUUUCCUGUAGGAUAAUGUUGUGCAGAUUGGCUGCUUUUAUUCAC